AUGGCAAGAACUAGUGCACGUGUGGAGAUGGAAUGCAGAGCAGGCUCCCUGCUCAUCGGAAGCCUAGAAGGCGUCCUGGAGAAGGUGGUACCUGAACUGAGACCUGAUGUGAUGCCUGUCACCCCAGACCUGCUGAUGACUCCCAGUGACCAGGGCGAUGUGGACUUGGAUGUGGACUUUGCAGCAGACAGGGGCAACUGGACGGGCAAGCUGGACUUCUUGCUGUCCUGUAUUGGCUACUGUGUGGGCUUGGGAAAUGUGGCUGGUUCACCUGAAUCCCACCACCAUCUCUCUGCAGGAGCCUUCCUUGUUCCCUACUUCCUCAUGCUGGCCAUCUGUGGCAUUCCCCUCUUCUUUCUUGAGCUCUCUCUGGGCCAGUUCUCCAGCCUGGGACCCCUGGCUGUCUGGAAAAUCAGCCCCCUCUUCAAAGGUGCAGGUGCGGCCAUGCUGCUCAUCGUAGGCCUGGUGGCUAUUUACUACAACAUGAUCAUCGCCUAUGUCCUCUUCUACCUCUUUGCCUCCCUCACCAGCAACCUGCCCUGGGAGCACUGUGGCAACUGGUGGAACACAGAGCGCUGCCUGGAGCACAGAGGCUCCAAGGAUGGCAACGGGGUGCUGCCCCUUAACCUCAGCAGUACUGUCAGCCCCAGUGAGGAGUACUGGAGCCGCUAUGUCCUACACAUUCAGGGAAGCCAGGGCAUUGGCCAACCUGGGGAGAUUCGCUGGAACCUCUGCCUCUGCCUGCUGCUGGCCUGGGUCAUCGUGUUCCUCUGUAUCCUCAAGGGGGUGAAGUCCUCGGGCAAGGUGGUGUACUUCACAGCCACCUUUCCCUACCUCAUCCUGCUCAUGCUGUUAGUUCGAGGAGUGACCCUUCCCGGGGCCUGGAAGGGCAUCCAGUUCUAUCUCACUCCCCAGUUUCACCACCUGUUGUCUUCCAAGGUGUGGAUUGAAGCUGCUCUUCAGAUCUUUUACUCCCUAGGAGUGGGUUUUGGGGGUCUCCUCACCUUUGCCUCCUACAACACAUUCCACCAGAACAUCUACAGAGACACCUUCAUUGUCACUGUGGGCAAUGCCAUCACCAGUAUCCUGGCUGGCUUCGCUAUCUUCUCAGUGCUGGGCUACAUGUCUCAGGAGCUGGGUGUGCCUGUGGACCAAGUGGCCAAAGCAGGCCCUGGCCUGGCCUUUGUUGUCUACCCACAGGCCAUGACUAUGCUGCCCCUGUCUCCUUUCUGGUCCUUCCUCUUCUUCUUCAUGCUCCUGACUCUUGGCUUGGAUAGCCAGUUUGCCUUUCUAGAGACCAUAGUGACUGCAGUGACAGACGAAUUCCCAUACUACCUGCGGCCCAAGAAGGCAGUGUUCUCAGGCCUCAUCUGUGUAGCCAUGUACCUGAUGGGGCUGAUCCUCACCACGGAUGGGGGGAUGUACUGGCUGGGGCCUUUGGGCGGGAAGGGAGGAGGGGUCGUGGGCACCAAUGGGACCUGUCAUGGGGACACGCCUUCUCCCCCCUGUGCAGGCAUUCAGAGGUUCUGUCGAGACAUCCACAUGAUGCUGGGCUUCAAGCCAGGCCUCUACUUCAGGGCCUGCUGGCUGUUUCUGUCCCCAGCCACACUCUUGGCCUUGCUGGUAUACAGCAUCGUCAAGUACCAGCCCUCGGAGUAUGGCAGCUAUCGCUUCCCUGCUUGGGCCGAACUGCUAGGCAUUCUGAUGGGCCUGCUCUCCUGCCUCAUGAUCCCAGCUGGCAUGCUGGUGGCUGUGCUUCGAGAGGAGGGUUCACUCUGGGAGCGACUUCAGCAAGCCAGCCGGCCAGCUAUAGACUGGGGCCCAUCGCUGGAAGAGAACCGGACAGGCAUGUAUGUGGCCACACUGGCUGGGAGCCAGUCACCAAAGCCUCUGAUGGUACACAUGCGCAAAUACGGAGGCAUCACCAGCUUCGAGAAUACGGCCAUUGAGGUAGACCGCGAGAUUGCAGAGGAAGAGGAAGAGUCCAUGAUGUGA